AUGGCCAGCUCCAUCAUCAGCAAGCACUGGCGCCUGUGCUUGUUAGCGGUAGUGUGUGCGCUCCUGGCGGUGCGAACGUCGAGCUCGCAGGGCCUGGGCAGCGGCGGCAGCGUUGGCGGUGGAGGCGGCAUCGACGAAUUCUUGCUGGAUACGGAAAUUCAUGGCAGAUUUCUUGCGAGCCGCCAGACCUACAUCAGCUAUGGCUCGCUAACGGCGGAUCGAGUGCCCUGCCCUCCAAUGUCGGGCAACUCGUACUACAAUCCUCGAUGCAACCGCGGUGGCGCCGCCAAUCCUUACAAGCGCGGCUGCUCCAUCAUCGCUCACUGCCGGAGAGAACCGAACUAG